AUGGGUGCUGCUCUUCUUGUGGUAGAGAUAAUAUGCACAUGCAUCCUAGCUGCUUUUUUGUUGCAUCGGUACGGAGAUUUAAAGAAACAACAUGUGGUGGCUACAGCAGCCUGUUUUAUAGCCUGGUAUUUCUGUCUGAUGAUCAUCUUUAUUCUGCCCUUGGAUGUGUCACUGACAUUUUACAGACAGUGUGUCAAAGACCGCACACCAAAAAGCAUAGCAACAACAACAGAAUUGACCACGUCUGCUAGCAACUCAUCUCAUUUUGGAAACAUUACUACAAUUCCUCUGGUCGAUGUGAGGAGGUCAGCAGUUGCCUACAACACCCAAGCUUUGGUGCAGACUGAAGAUGAUGUUAGUGCUAGCUGUGGUCGUCCAGUCAGCUACAUCCCCGACCAAGUGCUGCCCAUUUUGUGGAGAAUUAUUUACUGGACUUCUCAAGUGUUGACCUGGCUAAUUAUGCCAAUGAUGCAGUCUUACACAAAGGCAGGCGAUUUUACAGUUUUAGGCAAACUGAAGUCAUCCUUGAUUGAGAACGCAAUCUUUUACGGGACAUACCUUCUCAUUUUUGGCAUUUGUCUUAUAUAUGUAGCGGCUCGUCCAGAUGUGGAUAUAGAUGGUGAGAAGUUGAAGAUCAUUGGUGUCACUGCCAGCAACACCUGGGGGCUGUUUGUGCUGGUGCUGAUGCUUGGCUAUGGACUUGUAGAUGUGCCCAGGUCUCUGUGGAACAAGUCCAAGAAAGGACUCAUGCUAUCCUCCCUCUAUUUCAAGAUUGCAAAACUUAGUACUGAAAAGACUGAGGCAGAGGAAGCUUUGGAGGAUGCUCUUGAGGAAACUCGUAGAACUGCGGAGAAAAUUCGAUACAACCACCCACUCCGAAAACACAUGGACACUAUACUGGCUAAGUGUCCAGAGAGCACAAGGGAAGCAGUGAGAGGAAAGAUGGAUGACUUUGAGGAUUUCAACCAGUCUCCAGAUACUCUGAGUGUGGGAUCUCUUGCAAAACUACACAAGAAAGUUAUGAGGCGAACUCAAAUAAGCCAGCGUACGAACAUUCAGUGGGCCAACCUUCUGAGCACCGCCCUGGAGUGGGAGGACAUUGAGGCAAACAUGCGUAGCACGGAUAGAGUAUAUAGGCAUUCGGAUCCAGCAAUGGGCACUUAUUACUUCAAAUGGUGGAGGAAUAUUUAUACUCCUUCAAUAGAAUGGUACUGGAAAUGUAUGGUUCGACCCUACGUCUACAAGGCUGGUGCUGGUAUUUUGACUGUUGUAUCUUUCAUGGUGGUGUGGUCGGAGUGUUUAUUCUUCAUCAAGGAGCCAGUUCUAUCCCUGUUUGCUGUCUUCAUAAACCUGGCCCGAGAAAACUAUGACUAUGUGUACAUUGAGCUGGCAUCAAUACUGACCAUAGCCUACAUGUGUUUCUGUGCUUACUCCAGCGUGUUCAAGAUCCGAGUUCUCAACCUCUAUUAUAUCUCCCCACACCAUCAGACAAACGAGCACAGUCUGAUCUUCAUAGGCAUGAUGUUGUGUCGUCUGACUCCUCCCAUGUGUCUGAACUUUCUUGGCCUCAUACACCUGGACAGCCACAUUACACAAGAUAAGAAGCUGGAAGAGACAUCCUACACAAGGAUCAUGGGCCACAUGGAUGUUAUCUCCAUCAUAUCCAAUGGAUUUAACAUUUACUUCCCCAUCCUGAUUGUUCUGCUCUGCAUUUGCACCUACUUCAGUCUUGGAAGCCGCAUCCUCAGUGCCUUGGGCUUUCAGCAGUUCAUCGGUGACGAUGACAUGACCCAGGAACUGAUUGAUGAAGGGAAGGAGUUGGUGGCAAGAGAAAAGAGGAAGGUGGAGAGGAAAGCUGAUGCAGAAGCAAGAAGGAAAACCUGGACCGAAAGAUUUGGUGAAGGAGCUGCCAUUAAUAAAGAUCCUGCCAGGCCAUCGGAGAGAAGAACCAUGUCAGAUCGCUACACCAUCCCUCGCAGCCCUGAUGAGGAUGAUCGCUCAGAACUGCUGCGUCAGGUUGAGCCUGUCGACUACAGGGAUGAUCAUGACGACAGCUUUGCUGGAUCGCAGAUCUACGGAGGCAGAGCAGCUGAGAGUGAAAAUGGUGGCUACCAGUCGCGAUCAUCCUGGGCUGGUGGACGUACUGGCAGACCUCCAAAAGGAAUAUUUGACGACAUAUGA